AUGGAGGAAGGCCAGCCGAUCUCAGACACCCAGGAUCCACCUCAGGAGCCGCCUCGAGAAGGAGAACAGGCCUCUGAUCAGACGCAGCCCCAGUCCCCGGCUCUGACCGAGGCCUCGCCAGAGAACUUGAACCAGAAGGAUACUCCAAUGGACAUCCAGGAAAAGAGUGAUCCUACUGCCCAGAUCCAGACCAAACCUUUGUGGAAACCCAUUCCCCCUCUGCUGCCUGAGCCCCUAAGCAGCACCGGGACCAGAGACCAGAGCUGCCAGACUGAGGAGCAGCUUCAGCACAGCAGCAACGGUCACAACACAGGUGGGUACAGGUUUCUUCCAUCUGCACUUCCUGCUGCUGUGAUUCACACACCCACAGGCUAAAAAGUGUUUGUCAUCCUCCUGUGCAGCUUCACACAGACAUUCACCCGGGACAUGUGAAGUUAUACGGUAUACUGUAGAAGGAAUAAACAUGUCCAGGUCCCAAACUGAGCUGAAAUCUAGUCCUGCAAAGAUAAGAUGUACCUUAAAAUUAGGCUUAAAACCUGCAGAAUUAAUCCGAUCUCUGCCAGGGUUUGUGAGAGAUUACUCACGAGAAGUUUCUGGCAAAUGAAAUCAAGUUCAUCACAGCCUAAGAAGCAGGAAAACAGAGCUACUAAAGUGUUUUUUUUUUGUUUGGCAAGUAUGAAUCUCAAGAACUAGUGCUUGAAUACAUUUAAAUAAAUCAAUUUGUUGCUUCCUGCCUAAGAAUUUGCUGGCUGGAAAAAAAAGCCACACUUUUCUCCCUGUCAGCUUGUUUUAUUCCUUCAGUUUACAGCUACUGGAGAGCUAAGCUAACUGGUUCAUAAAGUGGGCUGCCCCGACUGACCAAUCUCACAUGAUUUCUGCAAAACGCUGACAUAUUUUCUCUCCUGCUUUCCUGGGCUUUCCUAAAAAAUCUGAUGUCGCUGGGUUUUUUUUCUCUAGGGAAUAGAUUUCUAGUGGUGCUGCUGAAAGUUUCACCACUCACGGUAGAAGAGAAGCUGUUUACUUCCACUGAUGUUCCUGAUUGAGUGAUCUUUGACCCUCACGCUGAGGGGGGCGUGGAGGUCGGCCGGUUGCUGACCUCCCCCACUGGGAUUAUGGCAACUUGCCUGAGAGAGGUGUGGGGGGAGGGAGGGAGGAAACACACAUUCCGUCACACAUAGAUGCAUAACUUCUCUCUCUCUCUCUCUCUCUCUCUCUCUCUCUCUCUCUCUCUCUCUCUCUCUCUCUCUCUCUCUCUCUCUCUCUCUCUCUCUCUCUCUCUCUCUCCCACUUACUACAUUUUCAUUCAUACUUCUGUUUGCGUCCUUUGUGAGCGUGUCAGUCUGUCUGCUGCUGCCCUUUUUGCCUUCUGUCUGUCUCUUACCCACCUACCACCGCACACAACCUGUCACACUGCUCCACUCGCUCUGUAGGCUGGCUUUGUGCUCAAACAAGCAUGUAUGGGGCCAAAAAGGGUUCAGACCUCCAGUGUGUAUAGUUCAAGUCUCUUUGCUGACCAGUAAUCCAGGCUUGUGUAGAAUAAAAGAAAUCAAAAUCUAUCCCAAAAAAAGAAAAAAAUUGAUAGAUUUAUGUGAUUUAUGUGUUGCUAUGAAAUGAUAGAAUAAAACUGUCCCUCUGAUCCACAAUAGUGCAUCCCAUCUCCGGAUGAACUGCAGUUUGGCAGCUGUAGUUUACAUUUCUUAGCCACAACACACAAAGACGGAAAAAGUUAAUUAGAAUAGUCGUCAUAUUAGGUGGAAAAAGCUGUAAAUUUACCCAAUCAAAGUUGUUCCAUUACAAACCUAAAAUUGUGGUUUUAGUUCAUUGUUUACCUUUUAUCUCGGAGGGGAAUGCCAGCGGAUGAACCAGCCGCCUACACUCGAGUGAGAAAAGUGGAGCAUCUUGUGAAGUGAAACUCAAGUCCUGGUUUCACAGAUAAUUGUGAUACUCAUUGUUUUCCACUUUCUUUUGAGAGCACUGAUACUUAUACUAACACGGAGCUGAUGUGUUAAAUAUGUGUUUUUUAUUUGUGAAACUUUUACACUUCAAUAAGCUUUGGGCUAAAUAUAGAUUAUUAUAUAAGUUUAUGACUUAAUUCUCGUCAUUCAUGUAACUUACAACUUUAUUAUCAUAACGUCCCUUCCUAAAUGUGACUGUAUCCUCCUGUCGUACUUUCACAAUGUUAAACAAACAUUAGAUCUCUCUCACUGUUGGAUAAACUGACAGUAUAAUAUAUAAAGCUUACUUGUGGUCAGCACUGUUUGAGGCUUAAAAUUAUGUCAUUUUCUUAUCUACAUUAAUAUAUACAACUUGGCUUAGUUUCUAAUGGUCCGUUGGUGUGUUUCUAGGUCAAAGUGGUUUUCUUUUGUGGGCACAUGCCCAUUUGAUCUCUGUCUACCCGGAAAGUCAUGAGGUUUUGUAAGCAUAAAUGAGUCUUUUGACGUAAAAAGAGAUGACAUCAGUUCAAAUCAGAGCACUUAUCUCCUUUAACACAUGGAGCUAAAGUCAGAUGCAUUAAUAGUUCAGGAACCAAAACCUUGCUUUCGGUAUCUUGUGUUUAAUGUUUAAUAAAAGCAUUAAAUAUAGAAUACAGUUUUCAACUCUCUUUGCUGGGGCUGUAACUGUUUGACCAAAUAUGUUGUUCAUUCACGACACUUUAUUAAAAUAUAUGAACAUACAUGUAGUGAGAUGUUUGGAAGAAGGUGGUCAAUUUAUUAAAAGCGAUUAUGUGACAACAGUGUGAAAGCUGGUCAUGAAUCAAACUUAAGUCUGUCCCCUUCAGCACCAGGGUGAUUAAGAUCAAGCAAAACCAAAAUCAUUUCCCACUUCACUUCAACACUUUUCUUCCCGGUCACACUCCUGCUUCGCCCUCCGAAGUGGCUCUGCAUGACAUCCAAGCUGAAGUAUCAGAUGCUGCUCUGGCUCUGAAGGAUGUUGGACCGAGCACAAAAAAUUAUCAUCAGCAGGGCUCUGCCGCAUGUUUGCUAACAGUCCCACUUGAGCCGUAGUCCUCUGAACAAGCACCACGCAGAUAUUUACUGUGGAAGACAUGCUUUUCCAUCCAUCUUUUAACAGCUGCAUCCUGUUUUUUCUUUCUAACUAUAAAAUAAACAUAGUCUGCCUGAGUGUGUGUAGGAAGGUAAGAAUGAAUCACUGCCCUUUUCUGACCUCGUUGUCUCACUGUGAUAGUGCGUAACCUUUAAGCAAGCUAUGGUGUACUCUGUGUCUUACAAGGUGUCCAGAAUACUGAAGUGAUGGUUGAUUUCCCAAAAACAUGUCAUGCCCAGAUGAAUUUAUUUGCUCUGCUUGAAUGAAAUGUAACCCCUCCUCCGCCCUCUGUCUUUGUCUCUGUCUUACUGAAUAGGUCUCUGUGUGGAGCCAGGUGAUCCUCCUCUGCUCCAGCAGCCUCUGCAGACCUCCAAGUCUGGAAUCCAGCAGAUUAUUGAAUGCUUCCGCUCAGGUGUGUGACAUUGGGCUGUAAUAAUCCACCUUUUUUUUUAUUCUUUAUUUACUAUGUGCACAUGUGUCGUCCAGAUGACAGAACUGAUAUUUUGGCCUUGCUGACAUUCACCUGAAAAAUUCACCUUUAAAACUGAACUGUGGAGAAGAAGAAAAGGAAAGUGUAGCAGCUGUUUGAGUAGUUGUCUUAUCGAACUAAUACAUUUAGAUUGAAGAAUGUAAGUGUUAGUGGGAGAUGCCCGAGGCUUGAUAGGUUUCUGCAUUAGAGAUAUACAGAUAUUUUUAAGAGAUGGAUUAGAAGCUUAAAUUCAGUGUGAUGAUAGCAGAAAGGAGUGUGUUUCGAUGUCCUGCAGCCAAGGCCCAUUCAGAUGUAGGGCACGUUCAGUCCUGACACGUCCCCAAAACAAGUGUAAGUGUUCCUCAAGGCCCCACACAGUUUUGCAGAGAAACAUGUCAGUCAGCCCAGAAACCAGAGCAAAGUUAGUUCUGUUCUCAGAUUGAAUGUGACCCCUGUUUGUUAGCUCUACAGCCCUCCUCUGAUUUGAAACAAAGGAAACCGAUACCAGAUACCAAAACCUUCUCCUCGACCAUCAGCCGUGUUGAGAUACCUGUUUCUAGAGAUCAGCUUUCCAUUACACGACAGCUCCAUUUCCUCUGUUAAACAAGAGCGAAAAAGAUAUGCAAAGAAGAGCAGAGCGAAUUUGAAUAUCUCUGCAUGACCACACACCGUGAGCUGGCUUCUUUGCAGCUAUAAUAUUGUCAGCUGGCGAAGUCGUCACAGGCUGCUGUGGUGUUGAAUCAUGCCUCAGUACAUGUAGGCUGCAUUUUUUUCUGAGCCUGUAAAAGAGCAAAAUAUGCCGAGGCCACACAAGAAUGAAAGGCGCGGGAAGUGACAUGUCAGAGGACACAACUGUGCAUUUCUGUGAGUGUAAUUAUGUGUGUGUCAGUAGGUUACGUGCAGGUUUUGACACCUCUGUGUUAAAUUAUGGCAAAGUCAGCUGUUUUUAUAAAGUAUGUAUGCGUAAUUUAUGCAUGUCGUUUGUACUCAGUUUGGCAAAGCAUAUGUCUGACAAAGGGGUUUGUCUAUUUCUGCGCGAAUAUGAGUCACACUUUCCAACAAUACGGUAAAAGCUUCUGUAUGGACAGCUUUGGAUCGGACACAUGAGUCAGCGCACUGACGACAAUGACACAAGUAAAGGUGAUGACAGCAUUGAUGCAAAAAUAACACAAAGGCUAAGGACAUCUGAAGCCCCUAAAGUUGUUGAUGUUUCCACUGGAGGAAAUGAGGGGAAUUGAACUGACAGAUCUUUUGUGCAGACAAAUUAAUCUUUUCCUUUGUUGAGUUUUUGUUUUUUCCUCUUUGAUUCGAAACAUCGUGCUUAAAAGAUCCCUAAAAUCUCUCUUGCCUGCAGCUGUUUUGGAUGAUAUUUAGCAGCUUUUUAAAUGUACAGAUGUAAAAGUAGUAAACAACUUUGCAGAUUCAUAAUAAAAGAAUUAAAUGUAUUCAUACUGAUGUGAUGCUGCCGGUUUCUUUCACGAUCACUGAACAGUGUUUGGUGACAUUUUACUGGAUGUACUGUAAAUGGAAUAUGUCUGUUAAAUCGCCCUGUGGUUACUUUGCCCUGCAGGCACCAGCCAGCUGAGACACAUGCUGCUGAGGGAGGUGGACACCAUCUUUGAGUGCAAACUGUGUCGCAGUCUGUUCAGAGGCCUGCCCAACUUGAUCACACACAAAGAGUACUACUGCCUAUCAAGGCUGCCUGAGCCUGACGGUCAGUGACACACACACACAUGAAACAUCAUAAGAUAAGACACCGAGGGCCUAGUCUGUGUGGCAUCUGCUUUUGCUGAGCCUUUGCAAAUGAUGAAAGUCAAAUUCACAAUUUAUGUAUUGUCCUGGUGAUGUUUGAUGUUUACACACUGAAAUGAGUGAUUAUGGAUUAUACACUUUUAAAGACAGGAGUGGGUUUUACCCCAAAACAAAUGUGCAAACCCUCAAACCCCAAGUCUAUUAACAUUACUUUGACAUCACUUUUGUUAAAAUAACAAAUCAGUGAAAUCAGUUUGGGGCUGUCUUUGAUUAAACCCCCUGUACAUGCAGACUGCGCCAUAAGUGUAGUCUUUGGUAGCUUAUUCUGGAAAUAAAUCUUAGAAAUUUGUUUUGCAUCCGUUCUGAAUUGGCUCCCAGGGCUCGACAGUGCGACCGUUUCACUCGCAUUUGUGACCAAAACUAGAUGUUUGCAAAUUGUAAUAUGUGUUUAGGGGCACAUGUGCACAUACAAAAAAAAACAGGGAAGGCAACAAGUGUUUUUUCAUGUAAAUACCACGGUAAAGUUAGUUUUAGGUUGGAUAUCCGACGGACAUUCUCUGCGGAUCUGCCGAUGUCUUCUCACUCUCCAUAACCAGGAAUAGCAACAGCAGUGCGGUUAAAUCUACUCUGCAUCCUCGCUGUCAACGUUGGGUGUUGAAUAAGGGACCAUCAAUUAAUUACCAGUUGAUGUUCUUAAAAAAGGCUGUUUUCCUUCAAUAGCUUCCAUGACACGUGACCAAAAGACCUAAAAUUGAUUUCAAAUUAUAGUACUAAGGUCGACCAAUAAGACACACACUAUUUGAUCAAUUUUCAUUGUGCCUCUAAAGUUCUUUGUCUGCUCCUUACUUUUUUAACUUAGGAGCACAUGUGCUCCUCGUGAAAAAAAGUUAGUGUCAAGGCCUGGCUCCAUAAUAAACCGAUGUUAGGUUGAGAGCGCCCAGCACAGCACUGUGUCUCAGACUAUUGGGGAAGUCUGAGACACACAUUUCCUGAUAACUUUUGGAUUUCAUGAUGACAAAAUGAGCUCUUAGUUUUGAACUGUGACUUAAAUAACGCUGAAGUUGAAGAACAAUAAAAAUGCCCUGAGGAAUGAUAAUGUGGGCUCAAUUACUAGAGACUUAAAGGAAGUCACAUUUGGAAAUGGGAAAAAAAGAAGAAGCUUACCAAACGUUCACGUAUAAUCCAAAAACUUUUCUGGAGGACGGGUUUGUAACCUUAACGUUUAACACAAUCAACUUAUUUCCAGCAGACUCAAAAACUUACUUCAAAUAUGUCUAUAAGACCAUAAAGGAUGUGCAAGCUGGAACGCUAACAGCCCACCUUAAUGGUAAAAGUCCAACGUUGUUGUCCCAGCUAAAAAAGCGACUUUAUAAUGCUAGAUAAACUUCUGUCUCACUGUCUGCAGUCUAAAUCUGUAGUAUUUUUUCCAUUCAUACGCUACCUUUUUCAUAAUUUAGUACUGCUGCAAACAGGCAAACAAGUAAAGAAUAUUUGCUCAGACAUUUUUAUAAAUUAAGUCACGCUUACAUCGUCCAAAAAUCAAAGCGAAAACAUAUAAAUGAUGCAGAAACACAAUAAUGAUUAACUCAGCAGGCACAACAGGUACAUUCUGCUAAACAGGCCCGGAGCCUCAGUGUGAGUCGAGGACAAACAAAAGAAAAAACUUGCAUGGAUCACAAAGACAAACUGAGACUCCUUGAACCAGGCAGAGAUCAAGCUGAGCAAGGCUCUGGUACAUGGACCUCUGCUCAGAAUCAUUGAUUCCCUCAUCGUCACCCCUAAGGCUUCUUCCUCUCCCACAUUCUGCCUCUUCAAGGUUUCACCUCUCUCCUUUUAACCAUCUGACUCCGGCUCAUUAUUCUCCUUUCAUCUCUUCCGUCUGCACCCCUCACUCUUUCAUUUCUAUAUAAUCCACACCAACUCACGUGCACGUUAUCGCAUGUUCGAUCCAUCAGACAUGUCUGGUGCGUCUCCCCUCUGCUCUCCUCUUGUAUUACAAAGAAAACUAAACUUUGAUCUCGCAGCAUUGGUGUUUUAUCUACUUCUCAUUAGCCACCGUAUGCGCCGAAGUCUCUGUUCUCUCCUGCUUGGAAGUGAUAGCAGACUGGAGGAAUGGAUGAAGCAAGGGAGAGUCGUAAAGUCAUUUUUUUUUCAGUUACCCAGCUCUCCUCUCAUCUCGUCCUGAAAGAGAAAUCAAUCUCAACAGAAAUGGUCAAUUAUAAUUUUCUCCUUUUAUCCACUGUAAUGAUUGCUGUCUUAUAAAAAGAGCCUUGUUUCAUCAUAAUCUUCUUUUCAUCUGACUGUUCUCUUAAUGAACUUGUUCCUUGCUACAGCAACUUAAUUUUUCUCCAUCAAGAAUCCAUUACCAGCGCCUGAAUAUGUUUUGUAUUGCUAUUUUGAUAAAUGGCUUUAUCGGUGUUUGUUUUUCACCAUCGGGAUGCUGGGUAUUAAUUGCGUAGUUAUCGGAUAAACACAAUCGUUUUCUUCAUAACACUUAAUAUUUAACAAUCGAGCCCUGAUGAUGAUCACGGUCAGUGUCCGGUGAGGAUUUGUGGGCAGUAUUUUAGUGUAGAAAACAUAACCCUUACUCCCCAUCUACUUUAUCUUCAGUUUGACUGAGAAUUUUACCAAGAAACUUGUUCAUUUACGAAACUGACAGCUUGAAAGGAAAACCAAGUGUGCACAAGGACAAAGACACUCAUCUCUUCAGCACACAAACUUCACAACCAGAUCAAUUUUUAAACUCCGUUAAGUACUUUUUUCAAUUUCCCCUCUUGGAGGCUUUUUAAUUGUUUCAGCAACUUAAAACAAAUUUUAAGAUAAGGAGUGAUGUCCCUCUGUGAGAUUAUGAUGUCUUUAUAUAGACAUGAAAUGACAAACGGACAUUAAAACAACCUGGUUUGCCUUUAAUUACCAUAUUUUCUGGACUUUAAGUCUCUCCGGAGAAGAAGUCGCACCAGCCAAAAAAUGCAUAGUCAAGAAGAAGAAACCAUAUGUAAGUCGCACCUGAGUAUAAUUCGCAAACCCAACCAAACUACGAAAAAAGUGCGACUUAUUGUCCUGAAAAUACGGUAUGAAUCACACAGCCAGUAAGACAUUGUCUCUCUUAUAGACUCCACUGCAGUGUUGUGUCAAGGCUCUGCCUUCACAGAGUUUGUGUAUUCUACAUAAAACCCCUGAAAGUUGUUUCUGUUGCACCUCUGUAACAACUAGAGAUGUGAGCAUUCAGGCAACUAAAGGAUUCAGUGUCUCAAUUACAAACCAGAACCAAAGUUACUAGUCAGUUAAUCAUAUUCUUGAUUUUUUCUUGUCUCUCCAACUUGGUGGACGUGGCGCCUUCCUUGUUGUGGGUGUGUCAAAGGUUUAUCAGCAGCAAUAGUAAUGCCUGGAUCCAGCUAACCAGUGCUCAUUUGAAAAACUUCCAUAAUCCGGAUCCGUACACGGAUAUUUCUGGAGUAUUUCCUCUGCAUUUUGACAUUUUCUAGGAAGAGUUUAGAAAACCCUAAAAUGUUAAAUCCAACAGCAGAGCAGCCGCCCAUCACACCCAGUAGCUACUGCCAUAAUACAAUAAUGUGCUGUUACCCAGUUGUAAACACACACAGACAACAGAUGGCCUCUUUGAGCGGCACAGACUGACUUUAUUUGAUCCAGAAAAUGGAGAUGAAGUUUUAUGUAGACUGUGUCUGCUGCUUAAACGGGCAUAUAAACACUCAGCUGGAACAAUGAAUAACAAGGACAUACAUGAAAACCUUAACCUGUGAGGAAGGCUGAUAGCUGGUGGUGCUAGCUCUGCUACUGUAAACCACACUCGAUCAAUCACAGACUCUGUUAUCCAUGUUAGAUGAAGUGUGCUAAAUGUUGACAGCUUUCUUUGUAUUUUCUAAUCUUAAGACAAGGUGGUGUGUUAGAAUAUCAAUUUUUGUUGAAAAGAACAGAAAAUUUGUCGCUUGUCAUGACCUCUGAUGUCGGCAGAUCGAGUUUGAAAGACUUGUCCAAACAGGUGCGAACUAACAAAAUGACUAAAUGCUGUGAAGAACACACAAAUAAAAAAGUUUUCAUUUACAUAGCUUACGUUUUUGACAUCAUAAAUCACUGCACAAACGAGGAGGGUUAAAGUCAAAUUUUUUAUCAUGCUGAGCAUAAGUAAGGGGAUUUUUGUACAGAGUAAACAUAAUUUACUGCCAUGAUAAGUUAAAAAUAACUGAUCUACUUCUUCUGAUUGUUUUUUUUUAGGCGAUGAUCGACAGAGUGUAGCCAUGAAGGAUUUAUUGGACGCCAUAUACCCCAGAGCUGAACGGCCAGAGUUCGUUGUUAGACUGGAGCCCAUUCAGACCACCAACAAGGCUGUGUUCCAGUACCUGACCACAGAGGAGGAGCUCGCUAGAUAUCCAUCACACACUCCCAGGUAGGCGGUGGAUACACAUGUACUCGAUGUACUGCAGCAUUCACAGAAGAACACCUCCGGAUUAUAUGGUUUUGUUUUUAGGGACUUCUAAGCCCCUCGAGGUGAGAACAGGAUUUCAAGCUACUCUCAUGUUUCAGUUAAUCCCUGACUGUGUGUGUCUUCGCCCUUCGCAGCGCCAGAGAAAGCCCGGUGGCUUGGGAAGGGGAACAAGUAGAGGGUAUAGACAACGGCCAGCCGGGAGCACCAGAGAGCCCCGGGCACAGCCAGGCGCAGAGGAGGUGGGAGGCUGAGGAGGAGAAUAAAGAAGAACAGCCGCAGCAUGAAGAUGAGGAGUCCACUAGUGGGGUAGGAGGGCUGGACACAUCAUUCCAGAAAUACUUUCCCUCGCUUAGAUACUUCUCCAUUUAACAUGCUUAUAAGAUCUACCUUUUAAUAAAAGUCCAUCAACCAACCUCUGCUCCUCUGUCCUUCCACACCAGGUUGAAGACGUGACAAUCUCGUGUUGUCUGUGCGGCCAGGACUUUAACUCACGCCGCAGCAUCAGGCGUCACUGCAGGAAGAUGCACCAGACCAAGCUGGAAGAGCUUCGAAAGUUCACAGAGACACGGACAGUCCCCACAAGCCUGCUCUCUAUGGUGAAAGGUAAGAGUUUAUACUCUUUAUUGUUUAUCUCUUUAAACAAUAUCAGCUGUUUGUGCUGUUGUGAAUAUGAAGUUAGCAUAUGUAGAUAAAAUGGUGAAUAUCUUGACUGCUUUAUACUCUUUUUUUUCCUUUAAUAUUAUCAUGAGUGCUUAGGGCCAGUUUUAUAGACCUCUUCACUCUCUUGACCUGUUGUUUGUCUUUUAUUUCAUGUAUAAGAUGUAUAUAGCACCUGUUAGAGACAUUAAAUUAGUAGUAAAUAUGAUUCUCUUUGUUGAUGUUGGAGGUCGUCAAAGGACUCUCAGCUCACCUACCGGAAAAUCCUGCCCCGUGUGCCUCAAAACCUUUGCUACUAAAGCCAACGUGCGCCGUCACUUUGACGAGGUGCACCGUGGUCUGCGGAGGGACACCAUCACACCCGGCAUUGCCUCUCGACCCGGUCAGCCUUUUAACCUGGAGGUCACGCCCCCCAAGAAGAGCAACAACUCCUCUCCGACUCGCGGACACAACUCCAAGUCCACGCCUGUGAACUCAAAAACUACGCCUUCGCAACAAAACCAGUCCAAACCCCAGAGUCCGGCCCCGGCGCCUUCACAGGCCUCGUGUCGCUGCACGCUCUGCAAGAGAAACUACAGUUCCCAGGUUUGUAUUUUAUGAUGUUCGUGCAAUGCACCAAAGUUUUUUUAAUGAGCUGUAGCAAUUUGAUCCACAUGCGGCAAGAAAUUUAAUAUAACAGGUUGUUUAAAUUUUAUAAAACACGCUACAUCUUUAACCGCUGACUCAAUAUGAGGCAUUUAGACAUCUAACAGCAAGUUAAAGCCAAACCUUCAUAGAAAAAUCGACCUCAGACUCUCACAGUCUGUGUGGUUGAAGCUAUUUCUGGAUUUAAAAAGAAGAAUAGGUGAGAACAUCAAAAGACAAAUCUCAGUUUUGCUUCAUACAUUUCUAAUUCCAGUUAUUUAUGUCGACUUCCAAAGUCUUCAGAAAGGGUGAAAUACAGGACAGCUCCUCCCCUGAGAGCGUAUCAGGGGUUGUCCUGAGUGUAUAUUUGCUGUGUUUCUUCUUAAGAAGGAAAUACAUCAUUUUGUGUUCAUCUUGUCUGUGUUCCAGCUCAUGCUCAAGAGACACAUGCGCAUCGUCCACAAGAUAUACAGCAUCAAAAGCAACAAAUCUGCUGCCACCCAAGCUCCUUCGACCACUACAGCCACUCCUAACAGCAGCAGCGGCGGCGGCAGCAGCAGCACAACCUUAGCAACAAGCAACAACAUCCGAGUGAAGGAGGAGGCAGUGGAACCUUCAGAGGAGGAAGAUGACGACGAGGAAAAGGAGGAGGAUUUUGACAGCAGCCCGGCGCCCUCUCCUGGAGAGAGCACUGGAGCAGCUAAAGGUGCACCUGUGGCGCAGAAGACAAUGAAGAUAAAAGAGGAGGAGGCUCCACCAAGCCCGAAGAUGCCAGCGCCCUUGUCUUUGUCAGCCCCACGUGGCGCCAACAUGAGCAGCACGGUCACACCGGCCAAAAUGACCAAACUGUCGGUGGGCUUUGACUUUAAGCAGCUCUUCUGCAAACUCUGCAAGCGGCAGUUCAGCUCCCGCCAGAAUCUAACCAAGCACAUCGAGCUGCACACGGACGGCAACGACAUCUUCAUCAAGUUCUACCGCUGCCCACUGUGUCGCUACGAGUCCCGCCGCAAGCGUGACGUCCUUCGCCACGUGACUGUGGUCCAUAAGAAGUCGUCCAGCUACCUCGCAAAGAUCAUGCCGAAACUGGAGAGCAGGGCGGUGAAGAGGCUCGCCGAGGCCGUCCUGAACAGCACGACCACCAACAAGAGGGUGAGCAGCAACAUCAAAGAAGAAGUGAACGGACGCCACGUCUCCUCUUCGUCCUCCUCCUCUCCCUCGCCCCCUGUCACUCGCAAGCAGGAGUGCUCCACGGCCCCUUCAACCGCCGCAUCAGCACCCCCCGCUUCCUCCUCCUCCUCCUCCUCCUCCACUCCCUCCGCUCCACCUCCCCCGCCGGUCACUCGGAAGCAGCAGGACCUGUCAUCGCCAGCGUUCACCCCGUCCCCUCCUGUCACCCGCAAACAGGAGAGACAGCAAACCCACCAGCAGCAGCAGCAGCAGCAGCAACAGCAGCAGCAGCAGCAGCAGCGUCCCAUCAGCCCCCCACUCACCCGCCGCAGUGACAAACAUGCACACCAACGCAACUCUUCCUCCAGUAACCAAACCCCACACACACGGCGGCACGACACCCAGUCAGAGAGCAACACCGGGUCGUCCACUGAGGUCAGAGUGACCAGGAACUUCUCGCUUCACGCCUGUGAUCAGUGUGGACGAGCCUUCGCCAAGAAGGUAUCUGAUUUUCACUCUUUCACAUUAAUCUGUCCUCCAACUUUGCUGAAUCAGUGAAACUCAAAUGACAAAAAGUAGGCUGUAAAAAUGACCAAGAAUAUUAAUUGAGGCUUUUCCGCACUCAUGAAGGGCAAAAAGUAAUUUUAAUGUCCUGAGAUGAAUUCAUUUUGACUUGAAAAUUAUAGUUAUCUACAAUAAAUAAGCAGUCUUUUCAUUUGUCCAAUCCAAUCCAGAUUGACUUUAUUUGUAUAGCAGACUUAAACAAACAUGUUUAUGAAAAUGCUGCACAGUAAGAUAAAAAGCAGAAAUGAUCAAAAAAAAAACAUCACAAAUAAAUCACAUGAAAACACAUAAAGCAAAUAAGAGCUUGUAAAACACAGACAAAGCCAGUAAAAGAAUAAAACUAAGUCAACAUCAAAUCACAGAAACCACACGGCUCUCAUGUUUAAAGCCAAGGAAUAAGAGUGCUGCUGAGCUGAGAUUUAAAAGUAAGUCUGGUCAGGGACAGUGUAAUGGGGGGUGUGGGGCUCAUUACAGAGGAAACACUGUCACUCUGCUCUUAGCGACGACAAAAGCAGCUGAUCGGCAGACCUCAAAGGAGUGGAGACAUGAAGGUCAGAGAUAUACUGCGGUGCUAAUCCAUAUAAAGUUUUAAAACAAACAAUAAAAAUCAUACAUAGUGUCCAGUUAUAAACUGUUAUGGCAGAAACAAAGAGAUGCAAGAAUGUAAUUAGUGAAAUUGGAAGGAAUCUCUCUUUAAGAAUAAACCAGGAUAAUGCAGGUUUGAAAUAUGCCUUAAAGGUGGGGUAGGCAGGAUCUGAGGAAGUGCCAGUUUUGGGGAGAAAUCUUCAAUGUAAACACUACCCCUCCCAACCAGUUUUCCCCUCAGCUCCUCCUCUCCCCUCUCUCUCUUCUCCAGCAAGCCCCGCCCACAAACAGACGCUCCUGCUCACUCGUAUCGUUUCAAUUAAAUUCAGAUAUAAUGUAGAUAAUUACUUGAUAGUUACAAAUGGGUAGCCUGGCUGGGCCAUCCUGUUGCGUGAAUCACUUGCCAUUCCAAUCAGGUCGGGGGAGGCGGAGAAUGGCUUUGUUGACAAAGCCAUUCUCUUUCUUUGCUCAAAAAAUUUAAAUUGUUGACGACGCAGACAUAACAAAACACAGCGAUAUUGUUAUAGUACCAAAUGUCAUCAAUGACUCAUAGCUAUUGACUGAUAUUAAAAGCUUUUUUGUCGAUACACCACAAAAAAAGAUGCUUCUUUAAGGGAUUCCUGCCUACCCCACCUUUAACUGGAUAGGAACAUCCUGUAUUCACUCAGGGUUUUAUCAGGUCUUAUCAUGUCCUGCAUACUGACCACUGUGAGGAGUAUUAAGCAGGCUGUGAAACAGACAUAAAUUGAUGCUGGUGCUUUUCUAUGACCCACAAAGGCAAACAAGACUGUCAGAAACAAGACUGAUCAUUUUUAUACAGCAAUUUUUAAUGUGUGGUCCCUCUGGUGCUUCCGGCUGGCUUGUCAGGGUCAGACAACAUUAGAAAAAAGGAACUCCAGAAACACUUUUACAUUAAUUUCACGGCAAAGAUUCCCGUUAUUGAUAAAUGAGGUUGUUAAAAGACAGCUGGAUGUGAUUCUUGUUGGAAAACUGCUUACACAUAAACAUUAGCAAACACACAAAAGGUACACAGCUGCCAAAACCAACACAAACCAAAAGUUCCUCACAGGAGCUUUAACAACAUCCCUGCUGCUCAUUCACCUCAACGUGCUGAAUCAUCAGUGCCAUCUCUCUGUUGAUUAGAACUCAACCUCCUGAUCUGAUCUUUUCUGUUUAGCUGUACCUGGAGACCCACAAGCGGAGUCAUCGUAACGCAGCGACAGCAGCAGCCAGCAGGAGGAAAGGAGUCAGCACCCGCUCCAGAUCCCUGGUCUGGUGAAACACACAGCAGCAGUGUAAGAAAACAGACGGCUUUCCCCCUCCACUGGGAUCCUCUUGCUUUAUGGCUGUCAGCUUCUCCUCCUCUCGUUCCCCUCUUUUUUAUUUCAUCUAUUCUGAGUCGAGGCAGAUUUUCACCCCCAUCAUGAUUUGCUCCCGCAGCAGUGGUGCUUUUAGAAACCACAAAAGACACCAGUAGAUGUGUGUGCUUGAGCAAAUAUGUGAAUGUUUGUGCAUCAAGAGAGGCGUGUGCUUGUGUUUACUUGUAUUCAGAGGACCAUUGCUGAGGAAAAGCACGUCUGCAGACUUUCAAAUGACCACUUUGCACACUCACUAUUCCUUUUUCUACACUAUUUUUCACUGUUUUUCUCUGUUUCUCCUGUUCUCCCACAGUCUGCUGGUGGUAAUGAAGGGGAGACGCACUUGUAAUGAAGAGGUGAAAUCAGAACUUUAAAUGGGGGGAAACACUGGAUGAGGGGGGAGCGAGCACAGAACAGAGAUGAAGGAAACAAAUGAGCGGAUUGGAGGAUUGGAUUUCCACCUUUUGCUGGGGAAUCAACUAUAUAUUGAUAGAUUCUAACCCCAUUACCCCCACUCCCCUUUUUUGUAGUUACGUAUGGAAGCCAGGCGCUGCUAUCAAAAGAGAGACUGUAGUGACCAGAGACUCACUACUUCUGUAUAUUUCUGUAUUUACAGUAUGUAAAUAGAGAUCCAUAUGCAGGUGCGGAUGACUUCUGUGAAAGGUUGUCUGCGGAGGUACGAGCUUGUUUGUGAUGAGUGUGAAAAGAGGAAGGGGAUCAACGGAUUGGUGUACUCUGAAGAAAACUGGAAGCAAACGGUUGACAUUUACUUUUCUGUUUUGAGGGAGAAAGAAAUGGAUUCUCCAAACACACAAACUUAUGAGAGAUUUUGGCUUAUUUGAGUUCAACAAACCAAAGUUUAUCAUCUUUGUUUUGUUGGAAGCAGACAAACAGCAGCUGCUGUCUUUUUAAUACAGGAUGAGAUCUUGAUCAAUUACAGGGUUUGGUCAGAGGAAGUGAAAGCCUUGAGUGUAUUUUGGCAAUGUCCCUAAAAUUUGUGUUUGUUUUUACCUUUUUUUUUAACACUCUUCUACCUAUUUUCACUCAUUUGUGAGCUUAGAUUCUGACAUAUUUGUUGAACUGCAUGUGGAGAAAAAAAUUAAAAGGUGUUAUUUUAACUUUGACCAACCCCUGUUCAGCCCAGAAAUCCCGGUCCACCUGUAAAUCCGUGUAAAACCCUUGUUAAAAAAGAACUAUUGGUGUGAGCAGAGAGAGUAAUGCUCUGUAAAGAGGCGGCCCCCUCACUCUCAGAAAAACCAAAAACUCAGUAAAGCGGCACUAAUUAUGAUGGGCUGAAGGUUAUGCAAUGAUAAUAAAACCCUUUUACAGAUGCUUAAUGGAUAUUAAAUCACGCUGGCUUUGCGUUAAUUUCCUGCUAAAUAUGGAUUAUUUUUGCAUACAAGUGGAGCGAGCAACCACAGGCAAACAUUCGAAGUAUCAAAUUAACACUGUUAUUAUCCCCGUCACUGUAAAUCACUCGUUCUAAUGUGUGAGAAUCCAAUUUACAGUGAGGACUGCACAUGUUAUUAUGGGCUAAUGAGUGUUUGAAUGCAUUUUCAUGCAGAAAGGUUGCCUUUGGUGUUGGAAUAACCAGCGCACUGAUUUAAAUGUCAGAAACCAUAAACUGGAAGACUUUCUUUUCUUUCCACUGACUUAUCACUUUAAUACUUUCAGCCUCUCCAGAAAUUAGCCCUUACAGCCAGAGCUGCGGUUAUAGUGCUGCAUCACAGCAGUAUGGCAGCAGGUGGUUUCUGUAAGCAGCUGUGUCAGGACUGUUGUGUCUCAGCAGCAGGUGGAACAAAAUGGAAUUGACACCUGCUGCUUUGGAUUCUCAAGUUUGGGAAGCUAGUCUCAAUUAUAAUAGGGCACAAUGUGGGAGCUGUAAACACGAAGGAAAAAAGCUCGAGUUCCUUCUGUGAACUUUAAAUUUUCAUCACUCUCUGUUCACAGAUGGCGAACGCAACCGCACAGUCAAACGAAUAUCUUUCCUUUUAUCUUCUGUACUUGCAUCUCCUUGUUUCAUUCGAAUCGUGGCAGCAUGAACUCCAACUUGAGGGUGCUGCAUUUGUUUUCUGACAGCACCCAGAGGUAGUCUUGAGACACUGGCACAUGAUUUAGAAGAGAAGACCAAAUGUAGAUAUGUCUUAAUGUUUGAAAGCCAUGAAAUGGAACAAAACCAGACAAAAUGAAAGACCAAACUUUAUUUUUGUAUCUGCUGCAACAAAGUCUUGAAACAUGUAAAUAUGGAUUCAUCCUCCACGGAUGGUAUACUAUAGUUAUAUUAGUCACAAUAGUUACUGACAUGUACUGAACUGUUGGUUGACCAUUUAUUUUAAACAUGUUUGACUAGUUAUGACUCUGUCCUUGUUUGUCUUUUUCCAUGAUUAGUUUUGUGUUUUAUUUUAUUCCCUUUGAAGGAGGUUUACGCUGACAUGAAGAGAAAAAGGAAUCAAACCUCAAACUUUUUUUUUUCUAACCUUGUCUUUUCUUUAUCAUCAGUUGUAAUAUGUUAUCAAGCUCCAUCUUCUAGAGAAACCCGAGCAGAGUUAGAAAAGCCUUUCAAAUGUGACAAGAAUGUUAAAACCAACCACUUAAUAAAUAAAAAUGUACUGCUUCAAACCUCACAGGGGGGCUUUUGUGUGGCCUGUUUUUUUUUGUCCUCAGAUAUGACUCAUAAACUUCUAUCAAUCAUGUUUGUUUACUGCGUUUGUAGAGAGGAGAUUUCAUUUGCCUUCUCAGGAAUUGCUUCUUUGGCUAUUUGCAUUUUCACUUACUUUUUUAGAUUACCUUUUCCCCUUCUUGCAUUAUUUUCUGGGCUGCAAUAUGUCAUCUCAAGAGUGAUGCAUGAAGUUUUAUAGGUGAAUUAAAUACCAAUUGAAGUGCAUAAUGAAUAGCAUAUAAUGAAAAGAGUGAAUGGAAAAUUUUCUCACUGAAGCGUGCGAGUUAUUACCCAAGAGAACUUCAAAACAAUCUUUGCGUACUGAAUUAAUACGCCUUUAUAAAGAUCUGCACUUUCUUUUAAGCUCCUGUAAGGCACUUUCUAUAUGUCUUGGUUUGGCGCCCCCUGUUGAUUAUGUCCAGCCCCUUCCUCUUUGCUAAUCUUGCCCUGGACAUGAGUCAAUAUAUUAUAUUAAGACCAAGAUGGCUACAUCUACGAAAGUUAUUUUAGCGCUUGCCUUGUCCGAAUAUAAGGCAAGAGCUAAUAUAACUUCCGUAGAUGUAGUCAUCUUGUUUCCGCCUCCGAUUUUGUCUUAUUCCAAUUUGGUAACUGAAUCGCUGGUACCUCAGGGUGUGACGUCAUUUUCAGCUCAUACAUCUGACUUCUGAGGUAACUCGAACACAGAAUUACUAAGUAAAAAAUAACUACAUCAAAGUUUCUGAUCUUGUUGCUGACUACCUUUUUUCUUUUUAGCUCAAAAACUCUUAAAAACUUUCACUAUCUUCAACCAAAAUAUUUAUAGCAUUAAUGUUAUCUAGUUCUAGACUUUUUUUUUAUGUGAGGCUGUUAAAAAAUUUGGAGUAGGAGAAAAAAUCAAUUCACAUAAAUAUCAGGAUUUUUGGUUUUACAAUUUUUUGAUAGAUUUUUAUGUUAAAAAAUUGAUUUUUCUUUUUUAAAUUUAAGAAAAAGUCUUAAAAACUAACUUAUAUGUGUGUGAUGUGUGAUGACUUGUGAUGUGUAUUUUGGGAGGGAAAUAUGGUUCCUGGAAUCGUCAGUAGACAAUCAUAAUCAUUAAACUGUUUCACUGGUGUUAAAAAUGCAGACUAAAAACCGACAAUAUCGUAGAAUCGAAAUCAAAACGGAAUCCAAAAAAAUCGUAACAGAAUUGAAUCGGGGGGGGGGGGAAGCAUGUUGUCUCAGCCCUAGAAAAAAUGUCCACCUUUGGAAUUGAAGGAUUUGGGAUCUUAAAAGUCAGCCAGCUUUGUGCUUUGAGUACGGUUUACUAAAAGCUGGAGUAACAUUUUAAAGGUGCUUUGGUCCACUGAAAAGAGGAUGAAUCUCCACAUAGAGUUGAUGUUUAACGUUCUUAAAGUAUCUUUCUUUAAGUGAAGAUGUUGGAGAUUCUGCAGACACUUGUAGCAGACUUGCACUUGACCACAUAAGUGAACAAGAAUGAUUUGUGAAAGUACAUAGAUACCUCCUGCCCUGUCAUUUAAAGGAAGCAGCACUCAAAGACCCUCACUUGUUUUUUUUUGUUUUUUUUUUUUUAUCCGUUGCGGUUACACCACUUUGGCCACAAGAUGGUGCCAUUGCCCCGCGGCUCCCUCGCCUCCUUCCGCAGCGGUGAAGCCUCAAAUUGGACAUGUUGCGCACAUCUUCUACAUUGUCACACGAGCGAACACCCGGGUUCGCUUCGAUUGCCUGCUUUCUCCCUCCUCACAGCUUAUCAAAUUGUUAUUACACAGCAGAUGGGACGCGGUUCAUUUAUUUAAUUCCAUUCAGCCCCAAAGAGGCGCGCGUGGCGCUCACUGCUUUUACAAGGGGAAUCAAUGGGCGCAGUAAAAAUGGAUUGAAGUUGAGGCAAUUAAAGAGUGUGGCGCAACGCCUGUGUGAGCAUAUUUUGAUGACUUAUUAAUGUGUUCAAAUAACCAAAGCCCUUCAUUGUGGAAACUAUCGAUCUCAUUGAUCAGUAAUAAACUUGAUUGAACGGCUGGACUCUGCCGGACGACAGUGGCGCAAUUAGACGAUGAUUUGGUGCCUGGAAUAGGCAUAUGUUCUCUUUAGAGGGGUAGAGGGGGGGUGUUUCAUCGGCUGUGGAGUCGUGCGCUGUCCCUCUAAGCACCGACGACCGACCGACCGACCGGAGGAGCGCGAGAGAGUGUGCGCGCGCGUCCGUGGAGGAGCGGCACGAGUGGACUUCACGCGGGUAAGGGUUUAUGCGCCAAGUGCGUAAAGCUUCGAGAGAGGGAGAAAGAGGGGGAGGACAGUGGAUGGAAAUCAGGUGGGUUUUACCAACAUUAUUGAUCAUGACUGACAGAUUCCGUCUAUGAUGGAUUCCUCUGCACUCUCUCUCUCUCUCUCUCUCUCUCUCUCUCUCUCUCUCUCUCAUUCUUUGGUAUUGACUUCAUUACAGGCAGCCUCCCUCUUUUGUCACCUUAAACAAGUGCGGGCGUAAUAAUUGCAUUUCCACCAGGAAAAUCCGCGCUGCUGGUCACGACGGCGCACUUUUCUAAUUUCCAACACAUCGACUAUCACAUAUGGUUUUUCUUUGUUCUGUCUUCGCCUUUUGGAUUACAUUGUCAUCUCUAAAUCCGUUUUUUUUUUGCUGUCGGGGGGAAAAAAAACCUCUUUCUCUCUCCAGGACGACUGAUAUUUUUGGAGGAUAGGAAAAAAAAAACUGCUGAGCUCCGCAAGGAAGUUGCCUGAGGCGGACAGGAGGGACCCUGAGGAGUCCGCGGGGGAGGCUGGAGAGACGGAGCUCCUCACCCUUCACACACAGUCGGAUAAAUUUGAUUUCCUAAGGUAUCUCACACUAUCAGCCUGUGUUUAUUUACACCAUUGCCUCUUCUUUUUUUCAUGUGGGUGUUUUCCCUCUAUAUGUGGAUCUUUGGGCACUCUGUCUUAUUUAUUGUCUCAUCCCUUUUGCUGCCUAUUUCUUAAGGGAUUUUAUUGAUUUCUACUCCCCAUUCUUUUCAUUUCACCUGGAUUCUGUGCAAUAGUGGUUAGGUGAGUAAAUGAAAGUGUUAUGUUUCAUUUGUAAGAACUCUGCUUUGCCUUGUUUCCAACACAGAGGCAUGGAAAAACCAUCCAUGAUUUGCUCUCCCUGAAGAUAUCAGCGGCGCAGUGGUGUUCCUCUGCUUUUACAGUGGAUGGCACUGUCUUAAUUAGGGUGCAAUCAGAAUACCAUCAGUGCUUGUGUGCAGAGAGAAGCCUAUAGCGCUGCAUAAUGAGCAUACACCCAUAGACUUUGAUCUCCCAUAUUUAUUUCUGAACCUGUGGGCUGCUGCUUUUUUAUCUCCAGAUACAUGACUUAAUCAUGUUGGAGGCAUGUGUUUUAGACAUAAUGGGUUUGCCAGAGUCUGUUUGCUUUGUCGCUUGGAUUUUUUUAGUGCAUUAUUAUGGAUAUGAAUCAAUCAGAUUAUGAUAUAAUAGAUUAGAUUAAAUGGUUUCCACUUGGGAAUGGUGCGUAUUUGACCAAAGAUUUGUCUAAAUCUCAGAUAUCAUGCAUGCAUGUCAUCCCCAUUGGUGCAAUUUUAGAAAUGCGUCCUUUAUUUUUUAUUUAUUUGCAGGCUGGGUAUGCCCCGGCCACGCAAAAUAAGGGGGUGUACCCAUAGGGGUGUGUGUGUGUCUGUGUGGGUGGGUGUGUGUGGGUGAGGAAGCAAGGAUCAUCAUUCUGCCCACAGUCUUGCCUGAUUUAAAGAAAAAAAAUAUAUUCCUCCUCAAAGUGGAAGAGAUGUUUGAGAUCAAGGGUGUAUGAAAUAAGAAAGUAAGGUAUGAAUGAGAGGAGACGUGGAAGGAGAUGGAGAACGUGAGGGAGGGGAACAGACUGCAAUGGUGGAGCGAAAGACCCUGAGAAAAACCUACUAAGAUAAAGAGAGAGACAGAGAAAGAGAGAGGGAGAAGCUAUCAGUGUCUGAAAAGAGCAGCACGCUCCCCAGAGAGAUGAGGAGACAGUGACAGAGAGGAGAGAAACUGUAGAAUUAGAAAGUGUGGGAAUGAGAAAGCAAGAAAAAGAAGGAAGCAGGAAAGAAGACCAAAAAGCAGAUGAGAUCUGCUUACCUGGACAAGACGGCCAGGUGGGGGUAUGAAUGAAAAAGAGUGAUGAAUCAGCAGCAGCCCCCAAAGAUGUAACCCUCUUUAUCUCCAAGCUGGGAAAACACCCCCUUUUUUUGGACGUCUGCUCCCCCCAUUAGGCUGCCACACGGGAGGAAAAAAUCCAGUUUUGAGUCUUUGUAAGGCAUUAAGUACAAGGUCUCCCGCAGGUGCUCAGGACUUAAAGAGUAAUAGCUCAGAUCAGGGAUUUAAGAUCAGGUAAGAAGUGCGCUGAUGAAAUAUAACCUCUCAGUGAGACCCAGACGUCAUCAUCAUCAUCAUGAUGAAUGAGACGAAAAACUUUUGAACACCCACAUCUGACUCAUUUUGGCGCUCUUCCCAGGAUAUUUGCAUGUAGUUACAUCAUGAAUUAACAUUUUUUAUAAAUCAGGAACAUGCUCCCACAGGAUUAAAGACACACUAGGUCAGUUUAAGUCCACACAGAAGCUACUCCAUUUAAGAAGAUUUCUGAGCAAAAAAAACAUGCAAUGAGAAAUGAUCAACAGAAGGCGCUUAGUGUGCUAGCUACGGUGGAGCUUAUUAGGGUUAUAUUUAGCCCAGAUCUGAGGGGAAAGUGUUGAAUAAACAAAAAUGUGGCAUGUGGAAUAGUGGCUAACCUAUAUAAAGCAGGGGGGUUAAUCAUAGUGGGGUGCCCGCUUAUGUCUGUGUGACCUAAAUCCAUUCAGAGUGGCGAGAAAUUUCUGAAUUAAUCGGGACAAAAUUGAAUUAUAAACGGAUUGGUGAAACCGUGGCUCCUGAGGUCUGAAAACUCUUAUGUCAAAGUCAGAUCGUCUAGGUCUGCUGCAAAUCUCACAAAGUUAAAGUUUCAGAGAUGAGGCCUUUCUGUAAGUAGGAGUUAACCUGAAUUAGCUGCUUUUGAAUCGAUGUGAGAGUAUAGGGAAGCUUCAAGAAAGUAAAGAAGUCCCAGCUGAUCCCCAUCCCCCAGAAAAGAUGCUCCUCGUAAUACCCCUUCAGACCACAUAGAGCAUGAUGCAGGCACAGCCACACCCACUGGGGGGCCUCGGGGCAAAACUUAGCUGAAGGCUUGUAGAUGAGUAAUGAUGAAGAAUCUUCCACUUUUUAGUUCAUAAUGUGUUCAGAGAUGCAUGCAGUAUAGACAGUCAAAUUUGCAAUUCAUUAUAUCAACACACUAACUUCCACAAGGUAAGCCUGAAGUCUUUUGGUCCCUCUGGGUCCACGGCCUGGGGCACUUUUACCUACUUGGUAUUCCAGCCUUGAAUAUAGCCUGGGUUCAUAAAUACAUAUAAUCCACACUUAAAUGUGGAAAAAAGUGGAAGUUUAAUGUGCUUAUGGAAUAAGAUAUUAUUAUAUUACAGCAAGCUUAGACUAGUAUGAGGAGUAAAAAGAGGAGGAGCGAGGCAAGUCAUUUUGGCGGCAAAUCAAAGUGGCGUUAAAGCAUUAUGUAAGGACAGAAGAAAGACAUUAGAAGAUAAUGUUCGAAAGUCAUGGACACAGGCCGUUUAGAAACGAUAAAAGGUCAAUUAAAAACGGCAAAAACCAAAUGUAAAAAACCAUAGACUCUAUAUAGAAUGGCCGUCUGCCUUCUCGCUGGGUGAAGCCACUGCGAGAACAGCACCCUCUGGUGAUGGGCUGCAGUAUAGGUCAUAAAUCCCACCUCCUCCAGCAAAGCUUAUGGAGAUGUGGACAAACUUUAGAAAUUUAUUACAAAGAAUAUAAACUUUUCUCCCCCCUGCUUGUGAUGUUGACUAAUUGCCUAAUGUAGUUACUGUAAGACUGGUUUGUGCUCAAGUCCUCUUUUUUCUGUACAGCUCCGUUUUUCAAAGUUAUUAGGGGGUUCAUGUUUUCUUUGAUUGACACCUGAUACAGCCUAUGGGCGUAUGAAGAUUGCGUAGCUCACCUGGGGGAUACGCUGUUUGAGCCGAGCGUCAUCACAGCGACUCUCCCACCGAAUGUGUACAAUGCUGCUGCACAAGUAGUGGAGUGCGUACAACGCUACUGUGCAAUGUUGGUUUCAGGAGCCUUUCAGCUUCAAAUCCGUACACUGGCGGAAGGCAGAACCAAGUUUUCCAUAGUAUAUACAGUCUAUGGUAAAAACAUUGAAAUAUUCACAAAAUCAGGCCAGAAAUACAAAACUACCAGUCAGACUCUUUAAAGCUAGAUACAUUUCAUCUUGCAGAAGGCUACUGAAGUUUUUUUGCUGGUUUUUAUUCUCAAAUUCACACAGUUCUUUAAAGUUUGAACUCUCCUCAUCUACAUGUUGAAGAAAUAAUCCAGCCUGGCAAGAGAACAAUGAGGCUGAUGAGCUAAACUGAUCGACAACCCUGCGCCAUUGCAGAGUUUAAGUAGGUUCAACACAGUCUAUCAAUAAUGAUAGAUCAAUAAUGAUAGAUCAAUAAUGAUAUGCAGUGUUGUUUCCUAGUGAUGACCUGAAUAUGCACAUAUGGUUUUCUUGAAAAUGACUGAAGCAUAUUCAUAUCAGUGAAUGGUUGAAUACAAGAAAGCUAAAUGCUAAUGCCAGAAACUGUUUCUGACGAUGAGAAGAUUGCUUUUCAUUUACCCCUAAAAUUCAGGAAAAGUAUUAAGGAAACAGCUAACACACCUAAAAUGACUAAUUGAGGGUCUGUAUACCUUGUUCAAAUUAGUUCUCUGUGAUAAACAGUCUAUGUGCAAAAAUUAGAUCAAAGAUUUUGAAGUAGGGAGGCAAGUGAGGAGACCAAAUCCCUGGGGACUCAGCUACUGAGAGGAUAUCAGCACUUGUAUCAUUAAGGAAUCAGCCAGAACCCAUUUUCAGUUCUGGCUAAAACCAACUUCACCACUUUUCAAGGAUGGAGCUCCUUAAUGUGCAGCUCAGAGUGCAGAGCAUGACAUUAUUACAGUGAGGGAAAGGGGUGCAACUCCCUGCAGUGCAUGACAGCUGAAGUGGCUUAUCAACAUUUAAUGCUCUUAAUGGGUAGAAACAACUCUUAACAUUACAACUACCUGUUGAGAUUACAAGAUCAGUGUUUGUGUGUCUGUGUGUGUCUGUGUGCGUGUGUAUAGCCAGGUAUAGUGGAUGUAAUGUGUUCAUUUAGCUGCAGUAGAAACAGCAGGUGUCUGAAUGAUGCAGCACACUUGCUCCAAGGCGCCGCUCUCUUCCACCACUGUCUCCUGUUUCCCUCACGCUGUCUCACACGGUUUCAUGUUCUGUCUCCUCCGCCCGCGUCUCCCCCCCAGAACCCCCAUCCCUCCUGCUCACCUCCCCACUUUCCCUCAUCUCUGCUGCAGCAGGUCGUCUCAGCCUCUGAGACCAGCCUGAGGAGCUCGCCGUGGUUCUCUGCUGUCAUUUCCACAGCUGUUCCACUCAUCGAUAUGCCAAGAGAGGAGUGUGAACGUGCGUGUGUGUUUGUGCAGAGGUGAUUAUAAACUGACAGACUUUAGGUUUUCAAUUAUAGAAUGGAAGUGCAAAUUUUGACAGCUCCUGCUGGAAUCACUUCACCCAUGUGAGUGUGUGCAGGCGACUGAGCAUGUGUGCGUCUGUGACUUGUUUUUUUGUAUGCUUGGCUGCUCUUCCUGUCUAGCCUGUGAGUGGUUUACUCAUGUUUGUCAGGUGGACCGUACAUCCCUGCAGCAGCUUCAUGUUCACAACACACUCGUACUCAGACUUCCUCUCUCUCUGUCUUUCUUCAACAGGCUCUGCUGA